AUGGAUCUCUUGGUAUUCGAUGCGAAACGAAACAAAAAUCCAUCAGAAACACCCGUAUGCUUUCAUAAAGAAGACCUUCACGAGAUGUUAGGAAAUCAAAAGAUUGUCGCCUACUUCAAUGGAGGUCUUGUACAAAUAUUCGAUGAACAGGCUUCUCGAAUUCUUUUCGAAAAUGCUGGAAUUGGACAAUGGUUGGAUGAUGAUAGAAACGAAAGUCGAGAAGUUAGCAGUACUUGUUUUUGUCAGGAAGACGGAGACGAAGCUUCCCAUAAAAUGGCUGAAAAAGCUGCCGAAAACUGGUCAGAACAAUCCCCAGUUUACAAUAUACUCGUUUUGUCAUCAAUGGAAACCGUACUACUUUCUAUUGACUGGCAGAUUUUGAAUGUAAAAAAUAUGCAAAAAGUUUUGACGGAUAAUGAGAUUUGGUUGAAAAUGAAAGACUACGAUGAUAAACCGGAGGAUUUUGGAAAGUGUUUUGCCGUUUUUCGAUUUUUGAAAUUGAAUGGAUGGAUCGUUUCGAGUGGUCUCACUUUUGGAUGUCAUUUUUUAAUUUACUGUCACGGUGCUCAAUUCUAUCAUUCAUCUGCUGGAGUUCUCAUCACAAAUGAGAUUGAUCCUCAACGGCUUCUAACCCUCACUCGGAUUUUGUCUCAUAACAAGAAAGCAUUAAUCGUUGCAAACACAUCAGAAGACGUGCAAAGUUUUGAAGACGUGCGGAAGUGUCGAAAACCAUCUCGAAAACGACGGAUUCAUAAUUUUCGUAUCCGUCAGACGGACGGAUUUUUGGAUUUCGAGAAUCGAACUCUUCCGGUUAAUCUUUUACAUAAUGAAAGAAUAAAUGGACCUAAAGAAAAUGCUGAAGAAAUUGAAAAGAGCUUUCAAACGGUUCUCGCUAUGGAUUUUCCAACUUUGCGGGGAGCCCUCCAAUCUGAAAAAUACAACGCCUACACUGUUUUGAGUGCAUAUGUUUGGAGAGCAAUCAAAAUCAAUCAAAAACUAAAUUGUAUCACAGAAGUUUUAAAAGGAGCUUUUAUUGAUGUUGCAAAAAUGGAUGACGAAUAUCGUGGCCACUCCAAACCGGUUCUAUUUGGAAUUCCGUUUUCUGUGAAAAGCAAUUUCCAUAUGGAUGGAUAUGAGGCUACUGUAGGAUUGGCUAGCCUUUUGGAAACGCAAGAAAAAUCCACAUGCUCAUUAGUUCAGUUUCUGAAAGAACAAGGAGCAAUUCCGUUCUGUUUAACUAAUGUUCCACAAGGACUUUUAUCGUAUAUAACAUCUAAUCCAUUAUACGGAACCACUAAAAAUCCAUGGGACUUUUCUCGUACUCCUGGAGGAUCGUCAGGUGGAGAAGCAGCUCUUCUGGCUGCAGGUGGAGCAGUUUUUGGAAUAGGAAACGAUCUGGUUGGCAGUCUUCGGAUUCCAGCUGCAUUUUGUGGAAUAGUAACUCUGAAACCAACUCAGGAUAGACUUCACGAGAGCGCAAUGAAUCCUGGACUUCCUGGAAGAGGAAGACUUGGAUUGAGCUCUGGAUUUUUUACCAGAAACGUGGCAGAUCAAGAAUUCUUGUUGAGACAGAUAGUGGGAAAUCCGAAGUAUCAUCAGAUGUGUCCUUAUUCUUCAUUAUCUCCAUUGUUAUCAACUGGAGAAUUACCAGGUGGAAGGAAACCAGUCAUCGGAUGGUUUGUGGAUGACGGAUUUGGAAAGGUGGCUCCAUCGAACAAACGGGCAGUUGAAGAAACGAUCGAAAGUCUGAAAUUAAAGGGUUAUGAGAUUAAAGAAUUCAAAAUGUGUGAUAUUGAUGAAGACUUUCAACCAUAUGUGGUAGCCGAUAUGUUGUUUAGGAACGUUAUGCCGGACAACGGUGCCUACAUGUCCCAAAUGUAUGCAGGCGAACCCUAUGAUCGGUUUAUGUCUCAUUUCAUUCGUCUCGUUCGCUAUAAACAGGUAUUCGUCAUCCGGUGGCUCGCCCAACACGUCGUUCUUCCACUGGCUCAAUUCACUUCAUUGAAAUCAAAACAAGUAUUGUGUCUUGGUAAUGCAUACAAUGCAAAUCCAGGGUGUGUUCGACAGAAUCAAGAGAAAACCGAUGCGUUCAAGUUUAAAUGGAUCAAAUAUUGGAAGAGUUUGGGAAUCGAUGCAUUGAUUUGUCCAUCGUUUAUAACUCCUGCUCAACCCUUCGAGUACCCUGUUCAACUGUCAACUGGUGUCUUCAUCACUGGCCUAUUCAAUAUGCUUGACUGCCCUGCUGCAAUCGUUCCAGUAUCUCCAGUUCGAGAAAAAGAAAACGAUAAAUUCGAAACGAAGGGAGAUUUUGUGUUAAAACUUCAAGCAAAAGCAAUCAAAGAAACAACUGGAAUGCCGAAUGCAGUUCAAAUUGUAACACUUCCAAAUCAGGAGGAAAUGUGUCUGAAAGUGAUGAAAAUAGUGGAGGAAAUCAGUGAAGGAGUUCAAGCACUGAAAUGGAAAUCAGAAAAUCAAACGAUUUGGACAAAUGGAGACAGUUUUGAAUGUUUUGAGAGGGUUGAAAAAUCGAAAGGAGCCCAGAAAUGUUGA